CUCAAAUGUAUUCAAUUGGGCGUACUUUAAGAAUCGCAGAUGGACCCGAUGAGGUGCAUAUACGACAGGUUGGAAAACUGGAAUUGAAGAGAGCUCCCAAAAUUAGAGAAAGUACACAAAAGUCAUCGAAAUUGUAA